AUGAAUCACAAUGUGCAGUCCAGAAACAGCGAUAGCUCGAAUGAUGUGAUCGGUUCCAAUGACCAGACCGUCAUUCCCCAUUCCUCCAUUGUUCAGGGGUUACCUCCGUCGUUUAAUGACUCUCGUGCACCUUCGGUGGAUUCAUCGCAAUUUAAGACGCCAGCUUUGCACCCACUCAUUUCAACUUAUGCUCGAAGCUCUUUUGAUGGGCAUCAACCUCCUGGUAGCCGUACACAAGGCACAACUGUAUCCCCGUCGCCAUUCUACAACCCUGCCGAGUCUCCACGCAAUGAAGGACGACCCAAAAGCCAUGCACAAAUUUCGGCUCUUUGCGAUGUGAUACGUGCUAUGAGUAAGGAAUGGAUCCAAAGACUCGCCUUGAGCACCAAUAUCCCACAGCUGUCUCCAGAGCAAGAUGCAGGUGCUCUAUUCGAGCUGGGCAUCAGAGUUUUGCGUAAUUACUUUCGCGGCGCGACUCCGAGCAGCUUUGAAGACAUCUUUGCGCUGAUGCAUGUGGCGGUGGCUUCUUCGUACAUCGCCCGUAUAGAUGAUCACGCAUAUUCGUGGGAUACCUUUCUAUAUGAAGCGUUUCAAUGGCAGCACCUUCUCUCUGACGUGAUCGAAAAAGGGGCUUUCGUUAAAGUCAUGAGUCGGCUGUGUGACCCGCAUGGAUCUACAACAUCGUCAUCGUUCCAAGGUCUUUUCAUCGACGACGUCCUCCUGCCUGCUGAGCAGGCGACGCUUGUUCGUCUAGUUCGCCAUCUGUCAUCUACGGGUGUAGACGUGAAUAUUCAAGAAGAGGGUGAUAAAAGUCGAAUACAUUCCACGACCGACAUUGAACAGAUUGGGUUGCCCGGAACACUUCAAUCAAACAUGAUAAUCAAGGGAUGCACCGAAUUUCUUGAUAAUUUUGGGCACGCCAUCAUUGUUGAAGACCUCGCUAAUCGCCAUAUCCAUUCUUCCUUGUACAUCGAACAACACGUGCCUGGCAUUGAAAUGCUGGAUAGCAACAUCAUCGGGCGCCUCCAAGAAAUAGUUGCAGGAUUUCAUUCGACAACGCUGCGCUGGACGGUUGGACUGGCUACUAAACGUGGGCUUUAG